CACUCGGGUCAAGAUCCUCUCACAUUCUCAGCAGCUCCGAGCGCGUGAACACAAGGUAACCGCGCGGAUUAAUAACACACGCGCACACCAGCUCUUUAAACGCUCGUUUGUGUGCUGUUUAUAACCGGGAGGACAUUAAACAUUCAGAAAGGAUCCUGUUUAAAAUCGCUGCACGAGUUUUAUGAUAACACGAAAAUAAUCACAUCACUAAAUCGGAGCUUCGCAAAUAAAAUUGGACCAAACUCACCGCUCAACACUGGACAUUUGAUGGAUUUACUGAUGCCUCGUUCGUUCUGUAUGUUAUUAUUGUAUUAACCGAUCAAGAAGUAAAUGCAGUAUAUAUGGUUUAAAACAUAUAAGCUACAUAUGCUCUUUAGAAAAUUGCGCGUUUGAGACAUUGUUGAGCCUGUAUGAGAAUAGGCUAUAUUUUUUUUGCAAAAGGUCUUUCAGCGGACAUUGAUUUGACUGAUCUCUGACCAUGCACAAGCGCUUCAGCUUGAGUUUUACUCGCUUCUGUAGUUCCUGAUCUCCUCUGGGAAUAUCUGGGAUGGCUCCAUCUCUCUGUUAACGCUCUAUGUGAAGUGGACAGUCGUGGAUCAGCUGUUGUCUUGAGGAAUCGAGUCCGACCUGAUCAUGUACGAGAGUGUGGAUGUGAACCCUUUCCUCAUGAUGGAUUACUAUAAUCAGAGCAGAGGAUGUCUGAUCCCGGACAAGAUGCCCCAUCCCUUCAGCUCAUCCAUCAGACAUCAGCACUGGAGCGGAUCCAACCACUCUAUCGAGACCCAGAGUACGAGUUCUGAGGAGAUCGUCCCAAGCCCACCCUCUCCGCCCCCUCCUCCUCGCGUCUAUAAGCCUUGCUUUGUGUGUCAGGACAAAUCUUCAGGGUACCACUAUGGCGUCAGUGCCUGUGAGGGCUGCAAGGGUUUCUUCAGGCGAAGUAUCCAGAAGAACAUGGUCUACACCUGCCACAGAGAGAAGAACUGCAUCAUCAACAAAGUCACCCGCAACCGCUGUCAAUACUGCCGACUGCAGAAGUGCCUGGAAGUGGGGAUGUCCAAAGAAUCGGUGAGGAAUGACAGGAAUAAGAAGAAGAAAGAAGAGAAAAAGCCAGAAUGCACAGAAAGCUACACGCUGAGCCCAGACACAGAGCAGAUGAUUGACAGAGUCAGGAAAGCCCACAAAGAGACCUUCCCCUCGCUGUGUCAGCUCGGCAAAUACACCACGAGUAACAGCUCGGAGCGGCGCGUGUCACUGGAUGUGGAUUUGUGGGAUAAGUUCAGUGAGCUCUCCACCAAGUGCAUCAUAAAGACGGUGGAGUUUGCCAAGCAGCUGCCAGGAUUCACUACCCUCACCAUCGCAGACCAGAUCACACUGCUGAAGGCUGCUUGCCUCGACAUACUAAUUCUGAGGAUCUGUACCCGUUACACACCUGAGCAAGACACCAUGACGUUCUCUGAUGGGUUAACGCUGAACCGAACACAGAUGCACAAUGCCGGCUUCGGUCCGUUAACAGACCUGGUGUUUGCCUUCGCCAAUCAGCUAAUACCUCUAGAGAUGGAUGACGCGGAGACAGGGCUGCUCAGUGCUAUUUGUCUGCUCUGUGGAGAUCGACAGGACCUGGAGGAGGCCGAUAAGGUGGACAUACUGCAGGAACCGCUGCUGGAAGCACUGAAGAUCUACGUGAGGAACAGGAGGCCACACAAGCCUCACAUGUUCCCCAAGAUGCUGAUGAAGAUUACCGACCUGAGGAGCAUCAGCGCCAAGGGUGCAGAGCGUGUGAUCACCUUGAAGAUGGAGAUUCCCGGCUCCAUGCCUCCUCUCAUCCAGGAGAUGUUGGAGAACUCUGAGGGUUUGGAGAGUUCAUCAGGCGGGAUCAGUUCACGGGCCUCUGGCGCUCCUCCAGGCAGUUGUAGCCCCUCCCUUUCUCCAAGCUCCGCCCAGAGCAGCCCACCCACACAGUCACCAUGACAGUCAUCAUUGUUGCCAUCAUUAGCCACUUACCGACUACUGUGUGCCCUCCCCGACACGACAGCAGACAUGUUCAAAAGCAUGCGCUCAUAUUGUCGCUCCUCUGCCCGUGUUCUUCAGAGACUAAGGGGGGAUCAAAGGUGUUUUGACGGAAUUUUGUUGUUUUCUUCCUCAGAUCAGACUGUGAUUGUAUUCCUCCUCGAUUUUGCCACUUUGUUUGCUGAGUCCCUUUGGAUGAAGGGAGGAAAACCGCUGGAGGGUAAAGACAAACUGCGCAAAACUUUAUGGACUAACGUGUAGAAGGAAUUAAAGACUUUUCUUCUGUUUCGAUUCUUAUGGCCUGGACUUCUGUUUCAAAUGACCAGAGACUGAUUUCUUACAAACUAAAAAUAUAUAUAAAUAUAUAGAGAGAAAAUGUGGAAUGACUGUGAUUGAGAAAAGAAUGCAAUGUGGACUUAAUGUAAAGAUGCAAAUGUAUUUCCUCACUUUUUCUCUUUAUGCCUGUGAAAGUGCAAAGAGUGAAUUGUUUUAUUUCAGACUGAUGAUGAUGUUUUUCAUGGAGAAAAAAACAUUGAAAAGACUAUUAAUUUCCACUCACAAAAUUGUGCACAGAAGAUAUAAAAAUGGUUGCAACAAACA